ACCUCAAAGCUGACAUGUUGAUCCACUGCUGUGCUGCCUAAAAUCCCUUGGGGUGUUUGAAAUAAUCAAUACAGCACUGCUCAGUCAGACAUGAGCAAUCGGCCUGGAGGUGGUGGCGGGGCGGGGGGUUACGGGAUCAAUUUUAUGUCUUUGUCUAAUUAUGACUUUAAGAAAAAAAAAAUCACGGAUUUCAACAAGACAAGGAUGGUUAAAGUGACUGUGAUGGCUUAAGUUACCGCGGAUAGCCCAUCGCCAAAGAACGGUUACUAUUGGUGCCAUUUUCAGACGGACUGGUUCCUGUUUGUUUGGCUAAUUUGCUUAAAGGGGCGACGGGGGAGGCAGAGCUGAGGGGAGGUGCAGGCGGGCAGGGAGGCAAGGAGGAGGUGGGGGGAGCUGGGGAGCGAGCGAGGAGGGCUGCCAACAGAACAGCAGUCCAAUCCACGCGCAGCCGGGACUCCUUCUGGCGCCAGGCGCGCGCGGUUCACUGAGAUUCAGAGAGAGAGAGCGACAGAGGGAGAGGCGCGUGACGAGUCGGAGCGGUGUGGCUCCUCGAGACCCUCGCUGGGACACCACCUCCUCCUCCUUCGCAGUGAUAGUCAACAAGUGCGGCCGUCGUGUUGCGUUUAAUUAGAAGAACCAACAUCAGCCGCAUCUGGAUUUCUCCUCGAGAUUUGGGAAGUUCCACGCGCAUCGCUCAGGAACUUUCGCGCGUUUCCAGCCCCUUCAUAUACGGACACACUGAAGUAGUACUUUUUAAAAAUAAUGUGCUUUUUCUGUUUGCUUUCAAAGACCUUCUUUCUAAAGACCCGCACGCGAGUGUUUUGUUAGGUUGCCUUUCUGCCGAGGCUGGGUGGAAAAAAGUGGGUAAAAACCUUCCAGAAUCCAAUUUCCAGUGCACAACAUGGUGAGAGGAUUCCAGCGUUGCUUGGUUAGCUCCUAGCUCUCUGAAGCUUUUAACAUCCUCACAAUAAAACCUGAAAAUACAGGUCUCUGCUGGAAUAUGUUCAGCAAACAGCUCAAUUUUUGGAUGAGUGCCUUCGAAAUAUAUUUCAAAAGGUUAUAUAAAACUCUUUCAAAUCAAUUUUAAAGGAUUAUCUGGAGAUAAGCCCAGAUGCUUCUGUGAAUAAACUGAUCAUUUUGGUAUUUUUUAAGCGCUAAUGAAGCUGUGAUUAUCCUCAUUAAAUGCUGAGAAACAGGUGACACUAUGUUUGCUUUUGCCUGACAGAACUUGCAGGAGGUCACUGCUGAAUAUGCAGGACUUAGCAGGGCCUGAUAUGCACAGGAAAUCCCUGAUCUUCAGCGGCUUUGCCCUCUUAUGGGGCUUGCUGUUUGGAAUAUUUUUCACAGGUGUACCAGUGGUAGCUUGUCCCACAAGCUGUCACUGCGUAGAGAAGAAUGGCUUAACCGUGGUCCAGUGUAUGUCUCGUAACCUGGAGAAGAUCCCUGCGGAUCUUCCAACAGAUACUGUUAUCCUGCUUUUGGCAUCCAACCACAUCACUCACAUCCCCCAUCAUGCCUUCAAGGAACUACACUACCUUCAGGAGCUGGAUCUGUCUAACAAUGACAUCAAGACCGUGGACGCUGGAGCAUUCCAGGGUGUUUUUGACAGCCUCCUUGUACUGGAUUUAUCAAACAAUCGCAUCAAAAGUGUCCCCAAAGAGGCAUUUGCCCGCCUACGAGCAAAAAUCAGCCUCUCGAACAACCCGUGGCACUGUGAGUGCACGCUGCAGGAGGUGCUGAGGGAGCUGCGGCUGGACCCGGAGACGGUGAAUGAGGUGAUGUGCCACACGGCGGUGCAGGAGGAAUAUGCAGGCAAACCAGUAAUCCAGGUGCUGGACUCAGGGAUCAACUUUUGCAACUUUCACCACAAGACAACUGAUGUAGCCAUGUUUGUGACCAUGUUCGGGUGGUUCACGAUGGUGAUUGCGUACGUCAUCUAUUACGUGAGGCACAAUCAGGAGGAUGCCAGGAGGCACCUGGAGUACCUCAAGUCACUGCCAAGCAGCUCACAGAUCAGCAAGGACUUUGACACCAUCAGCACGGUUCUCUAACAGGCCUGGUGACUCAGGAGGUGUAGUGUGUGUGUGUGUGAGAGUAAAUGUUUGGUUAUGUUCAGAAUGACUAAAAAGCUGUUGCAACACAUCAUCACUUAUGUUUUCAAGCACAUCAUAAUCAUUGGGUGUCUAUAAUAGAAAAUACUGAGUUGCCCAUAAGUGAUGUAUUUUACAUUAUUCCCAAACAUUUGCUUUGGUUUUAUGAAAUAUACGUAAAUUGUUAAAGCCCCCAACCAAACAAGGCAGCAAUGAGAGCACAAAGUGAGCAAAAUGCUGCUGAAAGUCACAAAUACACAAGGAGUAAUAGAUCCAGAGUGGAGAGAUGAAUGAUCCUUCCCUGGUGUCGAUCCUCCAUGUGAUUGAAUUUGGACUGAGACGAAUGAGGAGGAGUACAGUGUCUCCCAGUUACUUUGUAUCGACUGAUUUAUGUUCUUUGUGUCACUCUGUCAAGGUGAAGGCUAUUUUUGAGACUCCUGCUAAUAUAUGAACACGAUCAAGAUGUUAAAAUUCAGUUUGCAUUGCACAUGCAUAAUGACCCCGCCUUCAGAAAACCUUUACACAUCAAACUGUUGGCGCAGGAAAUAAUAUUUUUUACUUCAUGAAGCAUCAUGUCAUGUUAAAGAGUAUUUAAACUAGGAAAGCCUGCCAUGCACUUGUAGCUCUGAUAUGUUUUUUUUGUAGAAGACUUAAUCCUUUCUGGUCUAGGUUUAAUGUCAAAGAAGGUGAAAGGCUCUGAUCCAACUUCUUUAUUAUGUAAGGAAGUGAAAUAAAAACAAAAUUAGCACACUACGGCGCAUCAUAUCUCUCAAAAUAUGAACUCAGUUUCUCCGAUCCCAAUGACUUUUGGAUUUUCACAGGUUGAUAUUAUAGGCAACAUACAGAAAAUGCAAAAAUAUCUUUACGCACACUCUAUGUUGCAUCUGUUUGUAUUUUAGCUGUCUGGUCUCAGCAGUCCAUGAUUUAUUUUGCAGUGUACAUGGAUACAAUUUCAGUGGAUCUUAAUUGGAAGUAUGUUUCAUUUAUGCACCUCUUAAAUUUCCCAGAUUAUGCUGUAAUCAGACUGAUCACUAAAGUAACACAUAGAAAAUUUCUUAUUGAUAAGCUAAUCUCUAUUGUAUGACUCUCGGUCAGUUAUACCUAUUGCUAUAACACCCCAGAUGUCAAACUCAUGGUUUCAGAAUUGUAGUCCACCGACGAUCAGAUGAUGUCAUAGUGGCCACGUCCAUCUCCUAUAUACCACCCAUGAUUUUAUCCCAAACGUUGAUCUUUUUCAGCCAGUGAAUUAAAUUCUGAAGUGCAAAAAUAAUAACAAAUAUGCCCAGAACUGUAGUUCUUCACCCAUUCAAAAUGGACAUAAUUCAGUUCCUGUUCAUUUACAUAGUCUUCAUAAUUUAGCUGCGGAUUCAUUUUACAAACUGCUGCCAGGCUUUGUUGCACAUUUACACACAAAAUAAUUAAAGAUUUGUACAUUAAUGUGAAUUAAUAAAUUCAGUUCUUUCAUUAACUGACAAGAACUGCAAUACUGAUGCAAAAUGACCUUUCCUAACUUAGUUUUUUGCUCCAAAGGGUUUCAUAAGAACAGUAAAGUGGAACUGAAUACUUAAUCUGGAAUUAUUCUCAUCUGAAAAUACUAUGUCAUUGUCUUCAGGAAACUAUGCAGAUAAAGGUGUAACUUACAGAGACCCAUUUAAUAUCUUUAGUUUGUGAUUCUUCACAAGAAUGUGUCCUUUUGUGCAAUCAAGAUCAGUGAUGGAUCAUGGGGCAGAUAUUUGGUCAAAUAUUCUGAUAGCAAUGCUUUGCUGUCCCUUGUCCCUUAAGAAUCACGCCAUGGGAACGUCUGUCACUUAAAUGCAUCUAAAACCAAAUAACUGAUGAUUGGGUUUAGACACGGCGGCUACAGCUAAUGAGUACAACAUGCCCAGUUGUGUGAAUGAUAAGGUGAGGUCUUAUUUCCAUUAUUAAAUUAAGUCUGAAGGAUAAGUUUAUCAUGAAUUGGAGACAUCAGAGAAUUCACUGAAAACUAAAUUCCUUUUCUGUCAGUUUGUCAUCCUCGUGUGUUGCUUUUAUCAAUCUUUUAUUGAGAGUCUCAUGAGUUUUGCUUUUAUCUGCUGGCUUCACAGCCUCACAGUAAAGAGGCAGAAACAGCCUGAACAGCAUCACCAGAGUAUAUUCUGUCUGCAGCCAAUAAAUCCCCCAAACUGCAAAACAUUAGGCAUGUUCUGAACAUGCGAUUAGAGCCGUUUUACCUGUUUGUAAAAAGACUUACUGUUAAUUCAUACUUUGCAACUCAGAAAUUAAAUGGUUUGUAGAUUAUUAUUUUUAUUUCUUUAGUCCUUGCUGGUGAUUUAAAAAUACUGUCUUCAUUAAUUUAUUUUGCCUAAUCAUGGUGUUUAUUUUGGUUUUUGCAAAGUUUAUUCCACAUUUCACUUAAUCUGUUUAUUACUGUACCAGAAACGUCUCCAAACAAAUUGCUUCUAUUGGGAUUAAUAAAACUGUUUAUACUAUA